AUGACUUCUAGCUAUGCUCAUGUAAUGGACAGACAGCCUGCGCUAUCUAGCCGCCUGGAGAGUCCGAUUACAGCCAAUCUGGAAAACCUACAGGCGAAAAAGAACUUUUCAGUGAGUCACCUGUUAGAUUUGGAGGAAGCGAGGGAAAUGGUGGGAACUCAGGCGGACGACAAUACGGGCGAGGCAGGACGGAGUAUGUUGGAGUCACCAGGGCUGACCAGCGGUAGCGACACAACACAGCAGGAGAAUGAGCAACUGAACUCAGAGGAGAAAAAGAAACGUAAGCAGCGGCGGAACAGGACCACGUUUAACAGUAGUCAGCUCCAGGCUCUGGAACGAGUCUUUGAGAGGACUCACUACCCUGACGCCUUUGUCAGAGAGGAUCUGGCACGCAGAGUUAAUCUCACAGAAGCCCGUGUACAGGUGUGGUUUCAGAACAGAAGGGCCAAGUUUCGGCGGAACGAGCGUGCCAUGCUGGCCAGUAAGAAUGCCUCUCUGCUGAAAUCUUACUCAGGGGAUGUGACCGCUGUCGAGCAGCCAAUUGUGCCACGCCCUGCCCCGAGACCCAAUGAUUACUUGUCCUGGGGCAGUUCACCACCGUACAGUGCCAUGGCAACUUACCCGCCAACAUGUGCCAAUAAUAAUACAGCUCAAGGCAUGAACAUGGCUAACAGCAUCGCCAACCUGAGACUGAAGGCCAAGGAAUACAGCCUCAACCAAGUGCCAACAGUCAAUUGA